GCUUUAAGGAAGCUGGUCCGCCCGGUCGUCGGAGCGGAGGAGGGGGGACUUCGACGGGCAGCCGAGCUUCAGGCGGUGUGUAUGUGUGUGUGAGAGAGAGAGAGAGAGACGGAGAGGGAGAGGGAGAGCUGGUGACGGACGCUGAAACAUCUCCACGACGACUCGUACAAAAUCUCUCCUCUUUUCUUUCUAAAAAAAAAAAAAAGACAGAAAGAAAGAAAGAAAACAACAACGCAGCGAUGAUGAACACACACUUGUGUCGCGGUCGCUUCGUGUCAGAUUGAACGAUGUGAUUGUGAUCGGAGGCAGCUGCUCUCCAAUGGUCGAGGACCUCACCUUACUUCACUAGAAUGUACUUGAUGAAUGUACCUCCUGUCGCAGCGACGCAAACAGAAUGGAGAACAUGUGGCCCACCUGGAGGCUAUAGCCUUCCAAUCUGCUUCAAUGACUCCGACACCGAGUUGUCCACCAGAGGCACACCUAUCUCAGACAAGGUCCAGAUGAUCAUAGAGAGCCUUAGGAGUACCCAGUCCUCACUCGAGAUGGGCGACGAGAUCGAGGCAAAUGUGCUGUCAGGACAGGACGGUCAUCAGGUCUGCAAGGCUGCAAUGGGUUCUUACAUGGGGGCCAAGUCCAAAACUAAAGGUCCCACUGAAACCCAACAGGCAGAUGUUUCCUUCCCAGUCAGUCACCUGAGCAGUGACUCUGACAGCGAUGAUUCUGUGGACAGAGGAAUUGAGGAGGCGAUACUGGAAUACCUGAAGGAAAAGGAUGAUCACAAACGAAAGGUGGAACCGUGCUUCAACUUUCUCCAAUCAUCCAAAAUUCCCAGGAUAAACCCACCUGUUCCCGAAGUUUCCAAGCAGAACUCUGACAGCAAUACAUGUUUGAUUGCCAGUAACCAGUUUCCAAAAAGUGUCAAAGCUGAGAUUGCCACAACACCGGCUGUUGUUCCUCUAAAGAAGUACAUCAAAAACAAGGCCUGUCUAGAUGACAACGCAAAGAAAUCUGUUUUUAAUAAAGGUACAAUGACUGAAGUGAAAAGUUUAGUCUUGCCCAAAGAGCAGACAAAGAGCACCUCUAAACCAAUCAGCCUCUUCAACAAAGUGAAAUGCCCGGUCACAGUUAAGAUGGAGGAAGAUGAAACAAAUGAUUCCAGUAGCGAUGACGGCAUCGAGGAGGCCAUUCAAAGAUACCAGUUAGAGAAAAAGGAGCAGCAGAAUAAAAGGGAAGCUUUUAAUCCGCAUGCAUGCCAAGAGGAGUCUGACUCCACUAGUGAUGAUGGGAUUGAGGAAGCUAUUCGCAGCUACCAGCUUGAGCAACUAAAAGAGAGGACUGUCCCGAAACCAUUCUUGCUCAAGCAGAAGCCCUUUAGUAAGUCAUUAAUACACACUGUUGGCAGUACGAGCACGGAAAAUAUGAAGAAACUCAAACCGAGGAAGAAAAAGUCCAGAACAGAGAAAGGAGUUAAAUCUGUUCACCCGCCUCCCUCGUCUGUUUUCAUACCCAAGAGCACUUUUUCAGACAGUCCGAAGAGUAAAGGAAACGGAUUGCUUUUGUUUAAAGUAGAGAAUUUUAAAGAGCAACCUGCCCCUACACCUGCCCCGCCGAAGGCUAAUACAACAGCGGAGCUCAUGUGUGCUGAGGCGAUACUGGACAUUUCAAAAACUGUUAUGCCCGGGGCCUUCCACCCUAGUGUUGGCCUCAGCAGUUGUGCCCCCGCCGAAUCUUCCUUGCAGCCUUCCCUUCCGAACAGCUGCCCAGAUGAAGAAAGCGAUGGCAGCUCCAUUGAUAGUGAAGACGGGAUUGAGCUGGAAAUCAGGAAAUUUCUUGAGCAGAAGGCCCAAAUGCACAAACAGUCACCCAGCUCUGCUACGACCCAGGAGCCUCCCAGUGUUAAUGACCCAGAGGAUGCGAAAACAAAACAAGUUGCGACCCCAAAGAAACCUCACAGAUUGUCUUUGACACAGAGAAGGAAACACAGAGAAGGAAAAUGUAGCAUUUCCAACAUGUCGGGGACGGAUCAAAAUGUCGAAGCAACAGUCCCUAAACCUCCACCUGAGCAUGGAAACGAAUCAGGCCCAUCGGUGUUUCCCCAGGGAAGUCGAGUGCACCCGAUAGCUGGAUUACACAAGACAGAGCAAAGUGGAGACAAAAGCAGUUCACUUGACAGUGAUGAAGACCUUGACACGGCUAUAAAAGACCUGCUGAAGACAAAAAAGAAGUCAAAGAAAAAAACUAGAGACAUAAAACGCAAAUCAAGGAAGUGCCUCAAGGAUGAAGAACCACUGCUGGGAAAUGCUUUACAAGCCAAAAAGUUCAAACCCAAUCCUAUUUGCAAGCGCAGUGCUUUGAAAAAGGUACAAAAGAGUAAGGAUGACAUAAAAGACAAGUGUGGGUUCAGUAAAAUAAGCAUUUCACAACAUAAGCAAACUAGUCACGGUGAUGAGCACAAUAUGCAUGAAGGUGAUCCAGAGAAGUUGAAAGGAACCGAGUGUCGAGGCGGCGCAGUGCUGCACAAUACUCAGACUGCCCUUCAGAUAAAGGAAGAUAGCAGUUCUGUAGACAGCGAUGACAGCAUUGAGCAAGAGAUUCGAAAGUUUUUGGCUGAGAAGGCUAAAGUUUCAACCGCAGAGAAAAGUAAAGAUGAAGACGUACCGAGAAACGGCGCUGGCGAAGCUUGUACCCCACCUCAGCAUGAAGACAUUAAACAGGAAAAUCAGCUGGCUGAAAUUCCAAGAAAAAGCAUCUGUCCCCUCUCCGGACAAUCUCCUCCGAGUAAACUGUCACCUCCAGCGCCACCAGAGAUCUCGACUGUCGGCGCACAAUCACGCCUGACCCCAGUCCAGUCCUGCAGUUCCAGUCUUCUUGAGCCAGCAGACGGGGCAGGGGCUGCCAGGUCCGAGCAACGAAGACCCUUAGUUAUAAAAGGCGAAGUUCAGGAUGUCACCCCACAGCUGGAGAGAGUUCGGCCAGUUUUGAGUCCCAGCGUUGCUCAUUCCCGCUCGGAGUCAAUCAAGUGGCGCCAGAGCCUUGGACUCCCCACUGACACUAGGACUCUCAAUCGAACUCCAUUCCAUAUCACUUCUAAAAUCAACGAGACUGCAUCAGCAACCCCGCCGUUUCGAGCCGGGGUAAUCACACCCAAAUCACAGACUCCAGUCACUGUUUGGUCCUCAGCAAGGACCAGCAGAACACCCUUCCCUUGCUCUGCAGAGACAACUGUAAAUACCACAUUCAAAUCCCCUGGUUUUAAUCUGUUAUCUACUGCCAGGCAGCAUCCAAGGGUGUCCUUUACAAGGAGCCUUAUGCCUGGCCACAGGUCCCAGUGCCCUAUUGAAGGAGAGACGGAGAGUAUGGUGCAUAUACCUAAGGACAAGAGCGUGUUUGUCGAGCUGGAGUCUAAUCGGACCAAUCAUGUCCAGGUUCGAAGCAGGGAAAGGAGCGAGGGAAAGGAGAGAGUGGACUUGCAGAAAGAGAGGAAAAGAGAAGGCGAGAGCGUGAAGAUAGAUGAUAAAGAAGUACACCUAGAGAGGACAGAGGAAGAAUUUAUAGAUGAGACAGAUUGUGAGUCAGGAAACAGGAGAAAUCCAGAGAAGAAGCAGGGCUUUUCCACAUUGUAA